GUGGUCGGCAGGCCACCGAGUACCCGCCGAGUUUCCCAAGGUUUAGGAGGAGGAGGCUGCGCCGCCAUCCUGCUCUACAGCAACACCAUGUACAGGCAGUACUAGCCGAGCUAUGGCGCAUCGAGUAACUCGGAGGAGGAUCGACUACCAUGCUUCUCAUAGAAGAAAAGUAUAGAUCAGUUGCACAGAGCUUCCUGUCUUCAGGCACAUGCCCACGUUGUGUCCUUCGCUUCUGCUGUGUUGCAUUUCCAGGUCCAUAUCGGCUUCCGUACCAGGACCUGGUUUGUGAGCUGCAGAAGUGUCUGAAUGCUUCCAAUGACAAUAACAGUGGUUUCCCACCAAGCAAGAAACUCAGGCUUGAGGUAACAAAUGAUUGUGAACACGAAGGUGAAAGCGAAGCAGUGAAAAACCCACAGGCAGAGAUGAGGAAUGACUCUCAGUUUACAAGAACCUGUAACCUGUGCUUAGGGAUUCUCCAACACCUCUGUGACUCUCAGUUUGUAAAAAAGAUAUUCCAGAAGAUAAACUCUGCGGGGUUUGAGUUCAAAGACUUUGUUUUCUCAAUGUCUCUGCCAGCACAGCUAUCUGUCAGAGAGGAUAUACAUAGUGCUCUGUCCCGUCUCGGCCGCCGACAAGACAGCACACCAAACAGCAACCCUAUAGGGCAAGAAUCAUAUAAUAGGGAGCCACUAAGAGCAUUCUUAACUAUAAACUGUACAGUCAUACGGCAGCGCAGCAGGGAAAAAGGAGAAGUGUGA